CACACACACACACACACACACAUACACACACAUACACACAGAGGCUGACGGGCCGUGAUGCUGCUCUGUUUGGGGAUAAAUGACUUCAGCUGGUGCGGUGGGGCUUCAAAGCAUGGGCAGGCUGCGGACAGAGAGCAGGGAGCUCCCACUCACACACACACACACUCUGUGCAUGCACAACAGGCUGAACACUUGACUCUUUACAUCAGGCUGCUUUUCUACAGACUGGAAGACUGAGAAGCUAAUAGGUUUAAAGAUUUAAAAAAAAAUGUAGUCUUUCCAUUCAGUUUGGAUGAACACACUUGAAGUGGGAUCUCAGAAACAGCAUUAAAUAUUUUAGAUAAAGGCUGCUAUCUUUUUGAUGAACCAAGGACAUGGGCAGCAGGCUCCCCAUCAUGGAUUUUACAUUGGAGGGGAUUAACCCGGCGACUCCAGGAGCUGUGUUACUGGCAUGUGUGACUCUGUUGCUCUCCCUCCACCUGUGGCGCUGGCUCCAGCAGCGGUCGCUCCCCUGCCUGCCCGGUCCGCUCGCCUGGCCGGUCGUCGGGAACGCUCCGCAACUUGGCAACGCCCCGCACCUAUAUUUUACGCGCAUGGCCAAAAAGUACGGCAACGUCUUCCAGGUAAAACUGGGCUCUCGGGCCGUGGUGGUGCUGAAUGGGGACUCCAUCAAACAGGCGCUGGUCAAGCAGGGCUCCGAGUUUGCCGGCAGACCGGACUUCACCUCCUUCCAGUACAUCUCCGAAGGCGCGAGCCUCGCGUUUGGCACCAUGACGGACCUGUGGAAGAUGCACCGCAGAGUGGCUCAGUCCACUGUCCGGAUGUUUUCAACCGGGAACCCGCACACCAAAAAGACAUUCGAGCACCACAUUAUCUGCGAGUUCAGAGAGCUGCUGAAGCUGUUUGUGGAGAAAACCAAGGAGCAGCAAUACUUUCAGCCCAUGACAUAUCUCGUGGUAUCCACUGCCAACAUAAUGAGCGCGGUGUGCUUUGGGAACAGGUACUCCCAUGAGGACGAGGAGUUUCGGCAGGUGGUGGGCAGGAAUGAUCAGUUCACCCAGACAGUGGGAGCAGGGAGCAUAGUGGAUGUGAUGCCUUGGCUUCAGUACUUCCCCAACCCUGUCAAAACCAUUUUUGAAAACUUCAAGAGGCUCAACGUGGAGUUUAGCACGUUUAUUCAAGACAAAGUUAUCCAACACAGAAAAACAAUCCAGUCAAACACCAUCAGAGACAUGACAGAUGCUUUUAUAGUGGCGAUGGACAAACUAAGAGUUAAAUCACCGCUCUCAGCAGAGAAGGAUUAUGUGCCUCCCGCUAUGGGGGACAUCUUUGGAGCCAGUCAAGACACUCUGUCAACUGCCCUGCAGUGGAUCAUCCUCAUACUUGUCAAGUAUCCUGAGAUGCAGAUGCGUCUCCAGGAGGAGGUGGACAGAGUGGUAGACCGCGGCCGACUGCCUUCUAUUGAGGACCAGCUGCAGCUGCCUUACAUCAUGGCCUUCAUCUACGAGGUGAUGCGCUACACCAGCUUUGUCCCGCUCACCAUCCCCCACUCCACCACCACAGACACCUCCCUCAAUGGCUACCCCAUACCAAAGGACACGGUAGUCUUCGUCAACCAGUGGUCCAUCAACCAUGACCCGGCCCUGUGGUCCCACCCGGAGGUCUUUGACCCCCAGCGUUUCCUGGAUCAGAACGGAGCGUUGAACAAGGACCUGACGAGCACCGUGCUCAUCUUCUCCAUGGGCAAGCGACGGUGCAUCGGCGAGGAGCUGUCCAAGCUGCAGCUGUUCCUCUUCAUGGCCUUGAUCGCACACCAGUGCAACAUCACUGUGGACCCAUCCAGGCCAGUCAAGCUGGACUUCAACUAUGGUUUGACUCUGAAACCGCAUGCUUUUUCCAUAGCAGUGACUCUGCGGGAAGAUAUGAAGCUGCUGGAUGCAGCUGCCAGGCAGGCCGUCCCUGAGGAGGUCAAGGAAGAGCCCUCGUUGGACACAUAAACAGAGACCUAAAUCAAAACGGUAACAAUCAAAAAGCAAAAUGAAGGCUGAAACACAAAAGACUUAUGAACUAUAGCUCAUGUUUGUGUUCUGAAAACUAUAUUUAUAAGCUGAAAUCUCAGGCUAAAAUCUAAACACUGAUCACUGACUCAUUUUUAAGUAUUAUAGUGCAGGGAGGGAACAGAUGUGGCAUUUGUUUCACAGGAAACACGGCGCAGUGCAUACAUGCCAUGUCUCACGUGACCAGCAGUUCACCUGGGAUCAGUCUGGUCUACUACAACAUCAAACACAAUCUGACAUAUCACUUAGCAAUUAGCUUCUUUUGAUUCAUCAAGGUGGAAGACUGCAGUUGGCUGCACAUCACUAGAGAUCAACCAGACAGGAGUUACAGAAGCCUGAAAAGCUGCUGUAACACACCCUUGUGAUUUUAGUGUGAAUGCUGUUGCUGCAAGAACUGGUUAAAAGGUAGAAACCAUCAAGCUCACAUCGACAUCAGUGUUGUCAUGUCUUCUAUAACAUUUUUGUUGUCAGAUUUUAAAACAAAUAUCUCCAGAAAUGUCAGCUUUUCAGGAAUCCUUUUAAUUUGGCUCCAAUUUAAAUGUUUUUCUUGUAAAUAAGGGUUCCAAACUCUUUUUAAUGAGAUGUGAAACGUCUCACAACAUACAAAAUGUGCGAUAUUUUGAGGUAAACAAUCAAAAGUGGAGAUUUUUAUGUGACAAAAGUAAUGUGCCACCUAAGGUCAGACUCGUGACCAAUGCAGUGAUUCUGCGUGAACAGGCGAAUAAGCUCAUGGAGUGCAAUGGCCCUUUAGCCUUAUGUCUACCAAAAUAAAAUGUUCAGUACCAAUGUAGUUACUCAUAGACAGUGUAAAUGCUUUGUUACUCAAUAAUAAGGCCUAUUAAAGGUGUCAAAUACUGUUGAAACGAAAAGUCAUCUAAUAUAUUCCACAAGCUACUGUAGAUACUGUUUGAAGAGGAUAAGGCAAAGGAGGGGAAGGGUACACCAAACAGACCUGCUGCAAGUGCUGCUUGUGUCUGUGAACUGCUGUCCAGUGCAAGUAUGAAAAGACUAAUAUUAGAUCAGUGUUAUUUAGUCAUUUAUUUCUCUUGUUUUUGUUACUCACAAAGAUUUUUGGUUGAAUGUCGUAGAAUGCUGCUCUAUGGAAAACCUUUUACCCCCCGUCAUUUUAAAUUCCAUGCUCAAGAUGCCAGUAACCAAAUCGUUUCUUCUUCAUGUUGUUUUAUAUGCAGGGAUAUCCAUGCUGUCAAAAUGAGGGCUGGGACACUGGGGGACAUGAUUUUAUUUCUUUUUGUAGACUCAUCUUAUUGCUGCCUCAGCGUGAGAGACUAAUGCACUUACUGUAAAGUCUUGGAUUUCAGCAUUUGUUGGCCAACUGAUGAAGUAUUUUGCAGCUGAGUAACUCUGAUUUAUUUUUGAAAUAGGAAGUAAAUUUAGGCAAAUGUUAACAGACCUGGUUAGUUAUUUGAAUGUCUUAGUAAAUCACAACAUAUCCAUUGAUGGAGCCCUGUGAAACACCAAACCUGACGUGCAGCUUUCCAAGACAAACUAAAGUAUGAUGAUCCAGGAUGAUCCUCCAGAAGUAAAAGCAUAAUCUGUGUGAAACUGCACCACUGAUGGCACAUCCGUUGGUAAGAUCAGAAAAGCCUUGCAUGAGCCAUGUUUCCUCAGUAAACCAAAUUCUAACAUGUUGAUGGUGCAGUGUGCAGGAUUUUGGGGGGACAUCUUCACAGAGAUGGAUUUUUAUAUAAUAAAUCUAAGAAGAACUGUCACCUUUUCGCUAUGUUAGAAUUAGCCAUUAUUAUCUACAUAGGGAGCGGGUCCUUGUCCAUGCAGAUCACCAUAGUCACAGCCAUGUUUCUACAGUAGCCAAGAACAGACCAAAUACAGGCUCUAGAUAGGGUCACUGGUGUUUUCACGUCAGCCACCGUAGUUAGCAACCCCUCCGUGGCAAGCGGCAUUGGAGUAACACUGAUUUGUAAUGUGUAACUGCUUUAUUUUGUGUUUUUAUGAGUUUAAAUCACCAGGUCCAUUUUUGUCGGAGAGGAAGAGACAUCUGCGAAUAAUUCAGCUUCCAGUUAAAACUCCCUGAUUAAUAAACACUGAGGGAAUCCUAAACGGGAGAAGUAUCCUACACACUGUUCCUUUAACUUCUACAUACUGGUUUUGUCAAACUCAGUUCAAAAUAGCUUUUGUCGCCACAUGAUAAAUUAAAACUUCCAUUGCUUAAAGUUAACUUGUUCCUGACAGGGCUAAGAAAUACCUGAAAUCCAAAAAUUUACCAUGUCUUUACCUCAUAUGCUUCUUAUGUAGAACUAUACUAAAUUGGAUGAGUGCAAUAAAAGCCAUUCAUUACUGCUCAUUGCAGCAACACAGUACUUUAAGCUUUUGGCUACACUUACCGUAACUGCGGCUGUGGUGUUGCUCUUCUGAGUAUUUCUUCAAAUGGCUCUCCUGCAAGUUGUUUUAAAAAUAUUGUACAGCUUCAUAAUAAACCGAUACUUUAACUAUU